CACUCCAGGGACCCCCCCACCUCUUUGAGGGGACUGGCCCACUCUCGUGUGGAUCCUGCCUGCAGAGGUAGUCCUCGCUUUACAACCACAGUGGAGCCCCAGAUUUCCGUUGCUAAGGGAGACGUUAGUUAAAUUGAGUUUUGCCCCAUUUUACGGCCUUUCUUGAGUGAAUCCCUGCAGUUAAGUUAGUAACAUAGCUAGUAAGUGAAUCUGGCUUCCCCAUUGACUUUGCGGGUCAGAAGGUCGCAGAAGCUGAUCGCGUGACCCCCAGGACACGGCAACCGUCGUGUGAGCACCCUGCGGGAUGCCCAAGAAGUUCCAAGGGGAGAACACCAAGUCGGCCGCUGCUCGGGCGAGGAAGGCCGAGGCCAAGGCGGCGGCUGAUGCCAAGCGGCAGAAAGAGCUGGAGGAUGCCUUCUGGAAGGACGAGGAUAAGCACGUCAUGCGCAAGGAGCAGAGGAAGGAGGAGCGGGAGAAGCGCCGCCUGGAGCAGCUGGAGCGAAAGAAGGAGCUGCAGCGGCUGCUGGAGGAGGAGGAUGCCAAGCUGAAGGGCAAAGCGCCCAAGUCCCCCGGCCCCACCAAGGUCACCAGGGCCCAGAUCGACGAGGCUCUCCGGAAGGAGCUGAAGGACAGCACGGACACUGCCGGUGGCGAGAAGCCGAAGAGCCACCUGGAGGUGCCCUUGGAGGAGAACCUGAACCGGCGGGUGCUGGAGGAGGGCUCAGUGGAAGCCCGCACCAUUGAGGAGGCCAUCGCGGUGCUCAGCGUGGCCGAGGACCCAGACCGGCACCCGGAGCGCCGGAUGAAGGCGGCCUUCUCAGCCUUCGAAGAGGAGACCCUGCCCCGCCUGAAGCAGGAGAACCCCAACAUGCGCCUGUCCCAGCUGAAGCAGCUGUUGAAGAAGGAGUGGAUGAAGUCCCCCGAGAACCCCAUGAACCAGCGGCACGCGACCUACAACAGCCAGAAAUGAGACUGGGGGGGAGGGCUGCUCCACCACCUCCCCAGCCCCUUCCAGGCUACCCCCCCCCUCAUUUCCCUUCCGCUCUUCCCCACUUGCUCUGGAGGGCUAUUAGGGCCCCUUGGGAAUGGGGCAGGGAGGGCCCCAAGAGCCCACUCAGCCCCUGCACCCUAGCCCCUAUUUCCUGGCUGCCUUCCUGAGCCGGUGGGGAGGGGAGGCCGAAUUCAGAAGGCUCCCCCUAUUCUUCCUUGUACCGCCCCCACUCCUGAAAUGGGCAGCUCUGCUCCCCCUCCCCUCCGUCCAGAUAUCUAGCCCAGUGCAGGGAGGCUGGCUGCACUGCAGCUCCGCCCCCUCUGUUCUGCCCUCCUGAAGACCCCCUUGACUGCUUCAGCAGCUCCCAGCCCCCCACUUGAGGUGCAGGCUUGCCCCCCCUUCUGCAGAUGGGGUCAGGAUUCUGGCCUGGGCCCCUCUUGCCUUCCCCACCCCAGGAGGGGACAAAGCUGGUCCUCUUUCGCUCUCUCCCAAGACCCCCAGUACUUCGGGUACCCAGAGGGCCACCUUCUGCCCCUUUCUCCCCCAAAGGGCCCCUCACCCCGUGGCGGAGGGGAGGCAGAAGACCCCUGCCUCUUCUGCUGAUGUGGGAACCCCGAAGUAUCUUCUUCCCUGGGCUUCGGUCUGCCUUGGUCUCUGUGCCUGCCCCUUCAUGACUCCAGAAAUGGAGGUCCGGGGAUGGGCCAGUCUGGUCACUGGGUCUUGCAUCCCCCACCCCACCCCAGAAGGGCAAAGCCUUUCCUAAAGAGAGUGGGGGGGGUUCCCCUGGGGAUCCUGCUGCUGCCCUGCUGGGUCGGUGCCAGUUUUCGACCUCUGGCUGUGGGCCUGCAGUGCCCCCUCCUCCCCCCUCCCUCUUCCUCAGUUGGGCUUUGCACUGCAGCCCUCCUCCCACCUCUGGCUGCUCCUGGCCCCUCCCCUUCCCCCCCAACUGUCAGAGUGCCAUUUGCCUGACUUGAACCCUCAGCCAGCUGGAGCCUUUUGGGCAGCUGGGGUGGGAGCCACCGCCUCACUCCAUGCCAGGCAGCCCCCAACCCCUGCUGGCCUUUGCUGUCCCACCAUCAGAACAGGCCCUGCCCAUGUGUAAGUACACCCCCCCCUUCCUAUCUCCAUGAAGGGUCUGGCCAGUCUUGUUCCGCUUGGGCCUUCAAAAGACCACCUGCAGGGAAUGGGGAGGGGGAGGGAUUGUGCUGACUGGCCGGCCCCUCCUACUUUGCCGCUUCUUACGUGUUCAGGGAAAGUUCUGGACUUUUAAAACAUGGACAGAUACCUCAACCCCAUGACAAAAUAAAGAGAAUUGUGCCCGC